CCCUCCUCCUGCCGCUCCUGGGUGCCGAGCCCUCCGCGGCCACCGCCGCUCAGAGCAAGCUCACAGGGAGCCCGAGGCAGGAGGGCGGGCUGGCCCGGCUGGGCUGCGCGGGGCUCCGCUGGGGCUGGUGCUGGUUAUGUAGCAACAGGCUUCACACCAUGGCUUGAUCUUGAUUUAGCUGCGUUUUUUCACCUCUUUGGAUCUCAGUUUUCUUGCUUUAAAAUGAGGAUGAUAACAGGAAUUCUUCAAGACACAGUUGAAGGACCACUUGAACAGACCUGUCCCCCAACUGUAUCUUCAAUCUGAAUGUUUGUAGAGGCCCUGUGGAUCAGUGUACUCCUCUAACUGAAAGCCCUGGGGAUCCCUGGACCACCGUUGCCAUGACGACCGCCAUCCUGGAGCGCCUGAGCACCCUGUCUGUGAGCGGGCAGCAGCUUCGUCGUUUGCCCAAGAUUCUGGAAGAUGGACUUCCCAAGAUGCCCUGCACCGUCCCAGAAACCGACGUGCCCCAGCUCUUCCGGGAGCCUUACAUCCACGCGGGUUACCGCCCCACAGGGCACGAGUGGCGCUACUACUUUCUAAGCCUCUUUCAGAAACACAACGAGGUGGUCAACGUCUGGACCCAUUUGCUGGCGGCCUUGGCCGUCCUUUUGCGAUUCUGGGCCUUUGCUGAGGCUGAAGCCUUGGCUUGGGCUUCCCCCCACACCCUGCCCCUGCUCCUCUUUAUCCUGUCCUCCAUCACUUACCUCACAUGCAGCCUUUUGGCCCACCUGCUGCAGUCCAAGUCGGAGCUGUCCCAUUACACUUUCUACUUUGUGGACUACGUUGGCGUCAGUGUCUAUCAGUAUGGCAGUGCGUUGGCUCACUUUUUCUAUAGCUCUGACCAGGCCUGGUAUGAACGGUUCUGGCUUUUCUUCUUGCCAGCAGCGGCCUUCUGUGGCUGGCUGUCCUGUGCAGGCUGUUGCUAUGCCAAAUAUAGGUACCGAAGGCCUUAUCCAGUGAUGCGGAAGAUCUGUCAAGUAGUACCUGCAGGGCUGGCUUUCAUCCUAGACAUCAGCCCCGUGGCCCACCGGGUGGCUCUCUGUCACCUGGCAGGCUGCCAGGAACAAGCGGCCUGGUACCACACUCUCCAGAUCCUCUUCUUCCUGGUCAGUGCCUACUUCUUCUCCUGCCCAGUGCCGGAGAAGUACUUUCCUGGUUCCUGUGACAUUGUGGGCCAUGGGCAUCAGAUCUUCCACGCCUUUCUUUCUGUUUGCACGCUUUCUCAGUUGGAAGCCAUUCUUCUAGACUACCAGGGACGCCAUGAGAUCUUCCUGCAGCGCCACAGUCCCCUGUCUGUCUACACAGCCUGCCUCUCCUUCUUCUUCUUGGCUGCCUGCAGCGCUGCUACUGCCUCUCUCCUGAGGCACAAGGUCAAGGCCAGACUGAUCCCAAAAGACUCCUGAGGCCUGCAAAAGGAGGAUGUAGAGGUGGCCUACUGUGAUUUGGGAAAAACUUGACACAACCAUAAAAGCUGACUUUUUAUUUCUAAGACUUGAUUUUUAAAUUAAUAUGUAUUUGGGACUGGGGAUGAAGCUCACUAGGUAGAGAGUGCUUGCACAGCAUGCAGGAAGCCCAGGGUUCAAUCCCCAGCACCAUAUAAACCAGGAAUAGCAGCACUCAGGAGGUAGAGGCAGGAUGAGAAGUUCAAGAUCAUCCUCAGCUACACAGUGAGUUCAAGGCCUGCCUUUGAUAUACAAGAACCUGUCUCAAAAAAAAAAAAGAUUAAUAUAUAUGUCCAAGGGUAUGGUCUGGCUAUGGCAUUUCAAAGGCAAGGGAUUCAAGAAUUUUGUCCUUAAAAAGGAAUAUUUCCUUCCCUUUUGGGUUAUAGCCUUACACAAGAAGACAUCUUGGCUAAGAUUCAUGGUAUACCAAACUAAAGAGAACCAUCUUCAUCUCUGAAAAUUUGGCAGAAUUUUGGGUGUGGUUUCCAAAGGCAAGUCCUAGAUCCGGAUGGAUAAUAAAAUUGAACUGAAAAGUAAGUUGGUGGCUGGUCCUCACCUUCCUGGAAUAACUACCCUACUCUGCUGGUCUUUGAUAACUGAACAAACUGGCCCACAGCUCCUGUCUUACUUGGAUUUCAAAUUGUCUAUGAUAGAAAAGUCAGAAUAUUCAAGAUGAUUCAGUGAAACCCUUAGGCAGAGUGGAUUACUUGGUUUACCUGAAUGCUGGUCCUUCCUCUCUUACCCACUAUAACACUGGCCCUUUCUCAGGAUAAGCAUCUGUCUGGAUGUUUUGUCUGAAGUGCUGUUCCCAUCCCUUUUUUGCAUGAUAAUAUAAAGGUCUUUGAAGCUAUUAUACUUUCAGGAAAUGCUUGGAGCCCUAUGAACAUUCAGGAAGGUUAUUCUCACACAUUGCUAACAUCAGUAGUACCAGAAAGUACAACAGUGCCAAGAGCCACUAGGAGACCCAGCCAGCCAGCAAACAUGGAUACCCUUGCUUGUUUGGUGUCAUGGAGCCCUUUUAUUUUGUAGCUGUGGACUGCAGUAUUACCUGCAAACUAUUUAAGGUUGCCUUGCAGACCAGGAAAUCUGGGAGUUGUAGGAAUUGUCUAUAGGUUUGAACAGAUUGUUUAAAAAACUUGGUUCUAAAGGUCCUCGAGGGAUCUGCUUAUUUCAAGAGGAACUUGAGGUCCAAGAUUCAAUUUUCUAUGCAGAUAUUGUCCCACAAAGGAUCAACAUAACUACCCUAUAAUAGGUCCUAGAACAGGCAAAUGUGUGCUCACCGUGGUUCACCUCUGAUGGUCCUUUGAGUAAGAAUGAAGCACCCUAUAGCCAAAAUGGACUGUUUGUAACGUUGUUGCCCAGCAGCUGCGGUAGUGUCGGUUGUACUUGCUGCUUAUAUGUUCUGGCCACACAGCUCUCUCUGAGGACCGACUUCUGCAUUAAUCCAGUGAAGGAGGCUGUGUUAAAGAAGGACUUAGAUGCCCUCUCAUCACAGGCUGCAUUUCCCAUCAGUAUAAGAUCCCUGGUUUACUAAAAAGGAAAGUGGCCUGUUUUAACUCCAGUUUGAUGAACCUCUUCCAUUAUUAGGUCACUUUCUUGUCUUCAAACCUUUGUUUUUUUUACCUUUCUAUGAGAGAUUUGUGAGUUUUGUUCCUUAGACAUGGGAAUGCCUGAACACUUUAAUAUAUGCACAUGUGGAAUUUGCUGCUUGGGGAUAAGAAAAAAAAAGUCAAGAGCCUCAGAAACCUAGAAUUACAUAUCAAAAGACUUUUAAUCUGUAUUUUGGCCAAAAAAUUCAACUUGGAAGCUCCCUAUCAUCUUUAAAGCAAGAAAACAUGUGUCUAUGUUGUUUAACUAGAUGGAUUGCUAUUUAAUUGUCAAGUAUCUGAACUUUUACAGUACCCAAGUGUCUUACAGAGGCUUCUGGUUGUCUAGGCCAUAUUGACAGCAAAGAAAGUUAGCAAAACUCAACUGGGUUGAAAUGAAUGAAGAGUUGGGAGAACUGUGUAGAUGUUGAAGCUGAGGGUCUAUUUAAAAUGGGAACCUGAAAGCACUAAAAAUUUUCAUUGUUAUGGAUUCCAAGACUGUAAUCUUUUAAAGGUCGGUGGGAAAAGUAAGAGAAGAAGGAAGAAGGGAGGGGUACUAAGGUCUUGGCUAUAACCAUGUUGGGGUUUGGACAGAGAUCUUUAGACCAAAUCAUCUAGAUGUUUUGAAGGCAAGAACGGGGUAAAGCAGCACCCUUCAAAUGCACCUGCAGUCCAGUGUCAGGCUGCACCACGGUAAUGACAAACCUAUGACAUCAUAAGCAUUAAGGCACUAAACUUUGAGAUAGUGACAUGCGAGUUUUAUUUUAACUUAUACAAGUAUUGGCUAGCAAAGUGACUAGAAAUUAACAAGAAAGAAAGAUGUCUGGGUUCAAACCCAAGGCCUCCAACAUACUAGACAAGCAUUCUCCUAGUGAGCUACACUCCAAGGCCAAGAAAUAGUUUAUUCAUAAGAGAUAUUUGAGAAGCAUUGAGGUAAAGAACUAUGAUUUGCUCUCAAAAUACCAGUAUUUAAUUAGAAAAAUAUAAGCAUGGGACAUGCAGAUGAUUUUAACUUUUCAGGCUUUUGAGGGGUUAACAUUCCUUUUAAAACAGUGUCAUUAAAUGAGUGCAUCAGUAAGCAAAAGACUUGAUCAGUUUAAAAGGAAUAAUUAAGAAUUAUAUAUAGGAGUAUGGAUACAUCUUGAUUUGCAAUGGGAUUACCAAUCUCAAAAUAUCAGCAUCGGAUAGGAAAAAAAGAUGGCAGGGAGAUGGCUGUCUUUCUCCAGGACAGCCUCUCCAACAUCAGAAAUCCUGGUUGUCUCCGCCUCUCUUUUAAUUAUGACUUUCAAACCAUUAAAAUGCAAAUGCUUCUGAUAAAAUUAGACUACAAAUCAUUUACUUUUUCUCAUGAAUACAAAUUCACAUGGAUUUGCAUGAGGCCCUUCUUAGAUCAGGGAGAGGGGCAACAGAAUGCAUUUUGGGGACCUUUGUUCCCUGUUUCUCAUGUAUUUUUCCUGAUUUGCAUUUAUAGAUGAGGGUUUUUAUGGUUUUUGUUGUUGUUGUUUGAUUGUUUUUGCUUUAUUUUGGGUUGUGGUUUUGGUUUUGAGAUAGGUCUCACUGUGUUUCCCAGGCUGGCCUGGAACACCUGAUUCUCCCAUCUCAGUCAGCCAAGGGGCUAGGGUUACAGGCCACACCACCACACCCAACUCUGAUGAGCUCAUUCUAAUGUUCUUAAGGACAUUGGGGUUCCAUUUUCAACUCUGGCCAUAAAUAUCUCAGUAACAAGAUUACAAGAGCCAUCAACUGGAAGCAUGAAAUAGUAGAAGUUCGGAACAUGAAAUGAAGGGAGUUCAUUCCUGUCUCUGUUGUGCACCUGUUUCUAACCUGUUCCUAACUUGUCUUAACAUUAGGGUCUUUGGUUGCUAAGCUGUAGUUUUGAAUGGGUCCUCUAGAGGGCACUCUUGUCUCAGUCAUUGUAAGGGUUCUGCCUACUAAUUGUAUUAUUGGUCUUGUGUUUGAUUGCUCGGCAAAGAAAAGGGGAAUUGCUUUCUGUCUGUACAAAUCUACUUACAUGAAUAGACAUUAAACAUCUUUUGC